AUGGUACUAAAGCUAUUGAAGUCUACAUUCCCGAGUGCUAUCUUGCCUGAAGACUAUAAUGAUGCACGUCAGCUAGAGCGUGGGUUGGGAUUUAGUUACACCAAAAUCCAUGCAUGCCCAAAUGACUGUAUGUUGUUUUGGAAAGAUGAUGAAGACAAAGAUGAAUGCCCUAAAUGCAACGCAUCUAGGUGGAUCUCAAUGACGAGUAAACAUCGGGUACCUCAGAAAGUGAUGCAUUAUUUUCCAUUGAAGCCUAGGUUGCAACGCCUUUAUCUAUCAAAGAAGAGAGCAGAAGCCAUGCGAUGGCAUAAAGAGGGCCGUAUUGAUGAUUUGAACUGUAUGAGGCAUCCAGCCGAUUCCAAAGUUUGGAAAGAUUUUGACAGUCAACAUGAUUGGUUUGCCAAAGAUUCUCGUAAUGUCCGUCUUGGACUGGCGAGUGAUGUGUUCAACCCGUUCAAUAACAUGAGCAAGCCCUAUAGUAUACGGCCAGUAAUACUUCUACCUUACAACUUGCCACCUUGGUCUUGCAUGAAAGACCCAUACUUUAUGUUAACCUGUUUGAUACCUAGUCCUAAAUCACCAAGAAAUGAUAUCGAUGUCUUCCUGCGUCCUUUAGUUGAUGAGUUAAAAGAAUUAUGGGAGGUUGGUAUUGAGACAUAUGAUGCAUUCAGUUGUGAUGUUUUCCGAUUACAUGCAUCUUUACUUUGGACUAUAAAUGACUUCCCUGCAUAUGACAAUCUUUCUGGGUGGAGCACGAAUGGGAAGUUGGCAUGUCCUGUUCGGAUUCAGCCAGCAAAGCUUUCGGCCCAAGCUAUAUUUGAAUCAUUAUCCGUGGUCCCGAACGUGCAAUUCGGGAAAAGUUCACGGAAGAGGAAACGGGCACCACAAGAAUUAAACUGGACAAAGAAAAACAUCUUCUUCGAUCUCCCAUACUGGCAAGACUUAGAGUUGAGGCAUAACCUAGAUGUAAUGCAUAUUGAGAAAAACAUCUGUGAUAGUGUGUUGGGCACCUUACUGAGUAUUGAUGGAAAGAGUAAGGACACUGCAAAUGCGCUCAAAGAUUUGGAACAUCUAGGACUGAGGAAGGAAUUACACUUACGUCCGGAUGGCGAUCGUUGCCGAAUGAGUCUUGCAUGUUACACCGUAAACCAAAAUGAAAGAAUAUCCUUCUGUGAGUGGGUGUCACAAGUUAAAUUCCCAGAUGGCUUCGCCUUUAACAUUGCUCGGUGUGUGAAUAUUCGUGAGGGAAAAAUUUCAGGAAUGAAAAGUCAUGACUGCCACAUUUUCCUCCAACGAUUGCUUCCGGUUUUGAUUGGUGGUUAUCUGUGGCCUGACAUUCAGCUAGCUUUGAUCGAGCUAAGUACAUUUUUCAAAGAAUUGUGUGCUCGAACAUUGACUUAUGAAUCAUUGCAUCGACUUCAGGUAGAAAUUUCUAUCAUCCUAUGUAAACUUGAGAUGAUCUUCCCACCUGCAUUUUUUGAUAUAAUGGUGCACCUCGCAAUUCAUUUACCGGACGAGGCAUUGCUUGCUGGACUAGUGCAAUAUAGGUGGAUGUAUCCUUUUAAGAGGUACCUAGGGAAGUUCAAACGUUACGUUCGGAACAAAGCCCGCCCGAAGGGCUCAAUUGCCGAAGCAUAUGUUCAUGUUGAGUGUUUGACGUUUUGCUCAAUGUAUCUCAAUGACAUUGAGACCAGAUAUCAACGGGUUGAAAGAAACGUAGACCUUCCAGAACAGAGUAAUGAAGAAUUUUUCUCUGUAUUCUCACAAAAGAUUCGAGAGAAGCGUGCAAUGGAUCGAACUAGUGUACGAGAUGAAAUAUAUGCACUUGCAUGUGGUCCUGACAAGUGGGUUGCGUCAUAUGCUGGUUGCAUAAUGAAUGGAAUUAGGUUUCAAACAAAGGAUCGAGAGAGGCACCAGCGAACGCAAAAUAGCGGUUUGGUUGUCCGAGGUGAACAUCAAUCAAAUCCCAUAAACUUCUAUGGGGUGUUGAAUGAUAUCAUAGAAUUACGAUAUAUGGGUUGGCGUAAGGUGUAUUUGUUUCAAUGUGAUUGGUGGGAUGUUGGUGAUAAGCGAAGAGGGAUUCGCGUUGGGGACCAUCUAACCAGCCUGAACACGUCUAGAAAAUGGUAUAAAGAUGAGCCUUUUGCUCUUGCUUGCCAGGCUCAACAAGUGUUUUAUGUAAAAGACGUGAGUGUGGCGGGUAGUUGGUAUGUGGUCCAUAAGAUAACGAAUAGAAAUGUAUACAACAUCCCUUUAGUAUCAACAGCUGAGGAGGCGGAUGAUAAUGCCAAUUCUGGUGAGGAUGAUGCUUUACAAGAGGAUGAAAACAUUGCCACAAACGUGCCAACAGCACCAUCUGAACUACCUGACCACGAGGAAUAUGUUGAGGAUGUUGUCGUUGAUGAUGAGCUGGGAGUUGACGAUGCCUCCGCUAAUAGCGAGGACAGCGAAGAAGACAGUAUUGCAGUUGCCGAUGAUAGUACAUUAGAUUCAGAUGACGAUAAUGGAGAUUUGCCAACUCGAAAACGUGGUCGAGGACCAGCAAAAGACACGCUUUUUGAACGCGUUCAGAAAUUUGAGAAAAUACCUCUGAAUAUUAAGGAUGGACAAAGAGGUCCAUCUUGUGAGAAUUACAACAUAUUUUCUGGACGAGUGAGAUCGAUUGUUAGACUUCAUGCAAACAUGCGCUAUGCAAGCUGGAAACAAGUAUCUAAAGAGGAGAAAGAGGAGCUAAUUGACGGUGUUCGAGCUGACUUUAUAUUAGAUUGGACACAAAGUUCUCAUCGUGAGUGUGUGAUAAAUGCUCUCCAUCGAAAAUACAAUGCAUUCCACUACCUACUAUGCAAGCAAUACUUGGGCUAUUCCUCACAUGAAGCCGCACUUUCUGGCGGGACAACCUGGGUGGAGAAGCCCGUUUGGGAAUACUUAUGUGGAUUGUGGUCGGGUGAACCAUUCAAGGUACAAAGUUAA